UACGUGCAAAGACAGCAACAGCAACCUGGACUACUCUUUUGAAUCAGGAAUGGUUUAUCUUCCCGAAGGUUUAUUCUACAUCGAAAUGGAUCAAGCACCACCAGCUCUCCCCCCUAGGUCAACAAAGCCAGUGUCCUCCACCAUGAACAACAACUGCCUUUCGCCGCCUACACAUACGCUACAGGACGCUGAAUGGUAUUGGGGAGACAUAACCAGGGAUGAGGUGAACGAGAAGCUCCGGGACACACCUGAUGGCUCCUUUCUGGUGCGUGACGCAUCCACAAAGCUACAAGGAGACUUUACGCUGACGUUAAGGAAAGAAGGUCACAACAAGCUGAUCAAGAUUUACCACUGCGAUGGGAAAUACGGCUUCUCCGACCCGCUCACGUUCACUUCAGUAGUGGAGCUCAUUUGGCACUAUCAGCACCACCCGUUGGUGGAGUACAACGCCACACUGGACCUAAUGCUCACCCAUCCUGUGUCCCGCUUCCAGCAGGUGAAAGAGGACAGCGUUGAUGUCGCUGGAAGAAAGCUCAAAGAGGUUCACUGUCACUAUCAAGAGAAGUCUAAGGAGUUUGAUCGUCUUUACGAAGCUUUCACAAAGACCUCACAGGAGAUCCAGAUGAAGAGAACGGCAAUUGAGGCCUUUAACGAGACGAUGCUGAUCUUUGAGGAGCAGUGUCGCGAACAGGAGCGUUACGGGGAAAAGUUUGAGAUGAACAAUCAGUCCGAGGGAGCCGACAAAGAUCUGGAGAGCUUUCUGAUAAAUUAUGAGAAGCUGAAGUGCCGUCUUGGGGAGAUAUACGACAGCAAAAUCCAUCUGGAGGAUGACUUGAGAACGCAGGUGGAGGACUACAGAGAGACGGACAGGAAGAUUAACAGCUUGCGGCCUGACAUCAUCCAGCUACGCAACAUCAGAGACCUUUACCUUAACUGGCUUAAUCACAAAGGCGUCAGGCAGAAACGCAUAAAUGACUGGCUGGGGAUACUGAGUGACAGCCUUGAUGACACGUAUGUGUUGAAGGGAGACGAGAAGAAUUUGCCACAUCAGGAUGAGACGAAUUGGUUUGUCGGUGAACUGAGCCGGACGCAGGCCGAGGAGAUGCUUCAAGAUAAAGCUCCUGGAACGUUCCUGAUCCGCGAGAGCAGCAAACAGGGAUGCUACGCCUGCUCUGUUGUUGUGAAUGAAGAAGUGAAGCAUUGUAUGAUCUACAGCACACCGCAGGGAUACGGCUUUGCUGAGCCAUACGAUGCCCACUGCUCACUGAAAGACCUUGUCCUGCACUAUCGCCUGCACUCCUUAGCGCAACACAAUGACGCCCUGGACGUUCGGCUGUCACAUCCAGUGCACGCCAAAGCUGCAGCCACGCCUUCUCAACACGCAGAGGAACACAAACUCUUACAGACUCCAAAACACACAGCGGGGCUCCCGCCUGCCGCUCCAGAAAUGUAAUUCGACGGAGAGAAACAAAAGGACAUGUUUACUGUAUCCUGCGAGAAUGACUGCAUCGAGGUGCAUUGUGUUAAGUUUUGCACUACAGUGAUUCCAUCGUUUUUUGUGAAUGGGAUUUCACAGAUUGAAGUGGGACUGGAACUUGAAUGUCAGCUUGAACUUUUUUAUUUUCGUUUUUUGUUUUCAAAGAGACUGUUUAAGCUUUUAAGAUUUUUUUUUGUACUUCAUUUAUUGCCGUUUGUUUAAUGGACACCUUUUUCGGUAGGGAUGUUGACAACCAUAAAAUUGCUCACUGACAUCAGGUGCUGCACCUUUAUUUGACUUCAACUUUUACAACUGGAGUUGAUGUUGCUAGAGACGUCCAUUUCUCUAGUUAAAUUGUAUUCAGUUCUGAAAAUUUGACCAAUAGUUUAGAAAUAUAUUUGGUUGCUAUGGAGUUAUAUUUGUGCCUCAUUCCUGAGCGUGUGAUGGCACAUUGUGAGCACAGAAAAAAAAUUGGAAGUAUGUAUAUUUUAUUUAGUAGAGAAAUUAUUUAUCAUGUAAAGAAAAUUGUAUUCGAGCAAAAGAAAAAAUAUACUAGGUAUGUCACCAAAACCGCUUUAACUAUCAUGCUUAUCUUCUAGUGCUUCCUUACUCCCCUAGUAACUGAUAAUACUAACAAUCAGACACAAUAAUAACCUACUUAAGUUUUAUUAUUUACUGGCAUUGUGGCAUAACGAACGCUCUGUCAAGUUGAGCGCACAGCAAACCCAGAAUCGUGCUGAGCAAGACCAAAGGAGGAGCUCAAACUUUGAAGCAAAUUAAACAUAGUGGCCAAACGGUGGAAUUACAAUUUCCAGUUAUGUCACGUGAUGCCUCGGUCCGCAUAAAGAUUGUUUCCCAUAGACAGUGGGAAAGAGACACCUGUAACCUGUUUUUUGACACUUGAAUAGCCCUCAUUUAAAUCAUAGGAAUUAACUGAGCACUGCCUCCACCGCUAUGUCCAGUUCUCUUUACACAUCUAUGACGCAGAGCAGAGAAGCUGAGAGUAAGAGAAACACUGAACUAGCGUCAAAUCACACUUUGAGAGUUGAAAUGAGUAAAAACGUAGGUGCACUCAUGUGGAUAAUAGGAAACACUGUAAGAAGUGUGCGGAGCGCAUGAUAUUUUAGUUCACGCAAAUUAAAUAAUACUUUGCAUGACACUCUAAAAGAUAUAACUUGUGAUUGUAAAAUAUAUUUUUCUGUGCUCAAAAUGGCCCAUUGUGUUCUCACAAAUGAGAAAAUGCGUUUCUACUACUUAGUGCAUUUGUGAUGGGGGAUAAUGGUGCUGUAAACAGGCUGUUUCCGUCAUACUGGUUUGGUGGACCAAACCGUUUUUUGGGUAAAUGCCACGUGUGAAUAUGUGAAAAGUCGUGGUGCAUCUUGACAAUUUGCCCUUUUCUGGACAGACAUUCAUAUACAGUGGAUAAUUAUGUAGCAUUAACAUCCUGUAGAAUACCAUUGUAAGAGCAUACUCAAUGUUAUACCCAUUGACCAAAGCACUUAAUAGUGAGCAAAAAACUACAUCCCUGUUAAGUCUGGUUAUUGCAUUUGGGGCGAGGGGAGGGCAAUUAAUGUACACCUGCUGAUGUGCUGAUCAAAACAUAAUCUGAAGUACUGUAUGUUAUAUUCUGUUACUCAAAGAAGUAUAACCUUUUUGUAUUCUAUAUAUAUUUUUUCUAUAAACAUGCCACAAGAUGAAAGCUUGAAGAAAGUGCAAUCCAACAGUAUUUCUAUUGUUGCAAAGUAUGACGACGAUGAUGAUGGUGGUGAAGGUGAUGCUGUUAUGAGAGGUUGACAUUUGCCACAAAAAUGCACUCUCUUUGGUGGAGUUGGUAUGAUGUGGCCUCCGAUGUUUGUGUGAACUGCCAGAGGUCCGGAAGUAUCCUGCCUCCAUUACUUGAACUGUGGCAUUGCUCGAGCUAUGAAUGUUUUUUUCACGACAUGCAGCCUACAUAGCUUAAGAGGAAAGGAAUCCAUGUUGAACUUGGCACAUUUUUCAAGUUUGAGGACAAUAGAUACUCUGUACAGAGAAACUGUUUAAAUGUAUUUCUGAGGUUGGUUUAUGGAAGGAGGGUGUUUAAGCCUCUUAUAAAAAUAUAACUCCACUGGGGGAUUGAGGAAACUCCUCGGGUGAAGCUAAGCAAUGUGAGAUCCUGACCUUUUUCUUGCUGAAAGACAAUAAACUGAUGAGGGUUUUGUCAA